UGACAAAGUCAUAACCCAAGUUCAUAUAAAUGUCCGGACACGAGACCAAAGAGAGCAAACCAUAACCAUCUUCAAGAAAUCACAAAGCUCGAUCACCAAAUUCACUCGUGGACUCAAAACACAUGGCAAGGAAAAGAAAGUGUGUUGAAGCCAUGCCAGAGAUGAACCCCAGUGAAGAAACCGUGACUUGGGACCAGAUGGUGAAGGAGGCUGCUGCAGCCGCCGCAUUGGGUGGCGCCCGGAGGGCCCGGAAGCGGUUCAUUGGGGUCCGCCAAAGGCCAUCGGGCCGCUGGGUAGCUGAGAUCAAGGACACCAUACAGAAGAUAAGGGUGUGGCUUGGCACGUUUGAUACGGCGGAGGAGGCAGCGCGAGCCUAUGAUGAGGCGGCUUGCCUACUCCGCGGGGCCAAUACCCGGACAAACUUCUGGCCUUGCUCUCCGUCGGCAUCUUCGUCUCCAGCUCUUCCGUCAAAGAUCACGAACCUUCUCCUCCAAAGGCUCAAAGCCAGGAAAACCUCUCUGGCUUUGAACUCGGAUGCACUAAUCUGCCAAGAGCAGAAGCAGCCGAGGGAAGAGUUCACACCAGAAGUGGAGGAUUUUUCCGAGAUACAGUUCUCUGAUUAUCUUAAUGAUCCCGAGGACUACACAGCGGAACACAACAUCAUCAAUGAUGCCAUUACAAGUCAUUACGCAACCAAUUCCGAGUCCUCUUUGAAUUUCAAAGAAGACUCAGGGCGGAGAGAAGAGAAAGAAGAGCAUUUCGACUACAUCAUGAGUGAUGUAACGCAAUCAAACAGUGAUGAUGGCAAUUGUGAUAGAGACGGAGAAGAAGAUGCUGAUGAAGAAGAUGCCGAUCUCAGGGUAUUGGAUCUUCAGUUUCUAGAUGACUUCAGAUCGUCCUGCUAUUACUCUCCUUUCGAGAUUGCUGAAGAAAUCGCCGAGCCAAUGGAACCAGAAAAUGAUGGAGAAGAGCCUUCGAUUCUCACAGCUGCCAUGAAAAGAAUGAAGUACGAGAGAAAGUAUUCGGCUUCUCUCUAUGCCUUCAAUGGGAUAACUGAGUGCUUGAAACUGAAACUAGGAGCCAGAACUGUUAUGGCGAGGGCAAAUUCCAAUGAACUGGCAAAACUCCAGAAUGCAUGUGACAAGAAGAAAGAGGAAGAGAAGCCAGUGGGAGAUGGCUUCUUGAAACUGACGGCAGAAGCAGGGAACCCGGAAACUACAACCGAUACAUUCGCUUUAUCAUCUUCUUCUUCCUCCUCAUCUUCAAGCAACGAAGGCGAAUCAUCGCUUUGGAGCUCCCUUGACCUCCCAACCAUUUGUCAACUGAAUAGUUCAAGCUCUCUCUCCAUGUCAAACUGAUAUUCUUCUCUUUCUACUAGAGGGUAAUCAGUGUCGAUCAUGUUUUCUUAAAUAGGUUUAAACUGAUGUAGUUUUCAAGUUUUACGUCAGAUAAAGAAAUGUAACACGGUUGUAAGCCUCCUGCUGAGGUAUUAACAUCUCAAUUUUCUCCAAGACAAGUUGGCUCAACCCAUAGGACAGCAUUAACACACAGCAUGCUUUGCUUUUGUGUUUUAUCGCAAUGAGCCACAUGAUUGCUUUGGAUCUGGUUGUGCAUCAUAAUAAGAUGAGUGAUUCAUGAAUUUACUCACAGAGAAUUCAUGAUUGAAAGUGACUCUCAUGUGUGCUUAAGUAGUUAAUACUGGCAACUCAAAUACAAUAUUUUCGUUAGUUUUUUUAUAGCACUUCUGGAACUGAUCAUACUAAAAUAUCUAUUGCCAGCAAAUCAAUCCUAAAACCAUGCAUUGAAAAACUGUGUUGCGGAAUAUCAUUGCCGAAAUGAGAUGGGAAAUAUUCACGUAGGAGACAAAGUAAAUGAUCCACGAACGUCAGGUAUAAAGAGUUAUCCAUAGGAAUAAACACGAAAAGUGAAUGCACUCCAGCAAUCCGCCAUACCAAAUGGAAAAAGCAAAUACAUUAUAUACACAUUGACAGCAGGGAUAUUUGAGGACGAAUCAGGAACUAAGAGCGAAGAGAGAGCCAGCAGCACCCAUCCAUGAAUAAUAUGCGAUCCAAUUCUCGUGAAGUUGUGAGCACACCUAACCCUGCCUUUGACUACUUAGCAAAACAUAGAGGGGCCUUCAACUUCAACCGACCAAUCU